GAAGUAAUUAAUUUAAAUUUUAAAUGUUUAAUUGACCUGAAUCAAGGUAGUAAUAUAAUUACCUUAGAAUAUUGUGAUUCUAAGUUCGAAUUUAACAUAGAUUUCACAGUUUCAAAGCCCAACUAUACAAUUUUACCUUUAUAUAUUAUUUGUACGAAUCAUGAUGGAAGCUUUCAAGCACCAAAUAAUACAGAAAACACAGCAAAAGUUGCAUGUGCGAAAAUUGCCCUCGUUUCACAAUUAAUGCAAACAUUAUACGCAAAUAAACUUCAUGAUUUGGGCUUUGAUAAGAAAGUAUUUCAAUUCUUCAAGACUGAUAAAUCAAUGAAACCUGUAUGUGAAGUAUUUUAUAGUAAGUUAGACGUAAGCGAGGCUCGUAAAAUGAAUCAAUUGGAUUUAUGGUUAUAUUUUGGUCGAGAAAUUAUGGAAUCAUCAAUAGCAGCGAAUAGUAUAAAAUAUUUAGCGUUCUUAUCGUGUACUUGGUAUAAUGGUGAUAAUUUUAACGAAAAUAAGCAUCGAAAACAUGAGGAUAUUUUAUCUCUUACGGACGCUCAUGUUGCAUUGGGUGGGGGUGGAUUAGCAUUGUUUGGAACGGGAUGUUUACAUACGUGGCCACAAUCAGUUGAAGAAAUUGCAUUUUGUUUUAUAAAUGAUCGGGUUAUCGACAAACAAAAAUUAAUGGAUGAUAGUAAUUAUAGAGGAACUUAUGGGGCAUGUUUCUCGACAACAUUUGGUUCAGUUUGUCAUGAAUUAGGACACUGUUUUGAUUUGGGUCAUACUGAUGUUGGUGUAAUGGGUCGUGGAUUCGAUAAUAUUGAUCGUGUAUUUUGUAUAAAUGCACAAAGUUUAGGAAAUCCUACAUCAAAUAAAUGUGUUAAGAAAUUGACACCAUUUACAAAUAUUAAAAAAGAAAAUUUUUAUAAUGAUUUUACAUUUUUUACUAAAAAUUGUGGAUUGAUUUUGAAUUCACAUAGAUGGUUUAAUGAAUUUGAAACGGAUUCUAAUAAGGAUAAUUUAAUUUAUAUUAAAGAGGAACGAUUUAUAAAAUCAAAAAAUGGUCUUGUACUUGUUGAGAUUCGAACUGGCAGCAAUGAAGAUGUUGUUAAUUGGUGGGAAUUUUCACAAAGGAUUCCUAUGCAUACGUUUCGAAUACCUAGUUCAUAUUACGAUGUACCUGAUAAUAUUGUAUUUGCUAUUGAUAAAAUCGGUCAAAUUUUAAAAGAAAUUUUAUAAUCACCGAAUAAAAUUUUGUAUGUUGUUUCCAAAAGAUGUCUAGAAUUUCUUAUGAGUUAAAACUGAUUUUAGAGGAACUUAUGGGGCAUGCUACUCGGAAACAUUUGGUUAAGUUUGUCAUGAAUUAGGACACUGUUUUAAUUUCUGUCAUGCUGAUGUUAAAAUUUGUUAUGUGUGAUCAUCAAGAUCCGCUUCUAUCGGUCAAAUAGUUUUUUUAAUCUCAGAAUUAAGUUGCUUUUAUUGUU